AUGGAAGGAAAGAAAAGACAGAGGUGUAUAUAUGUUACGGCUCGUCAGAAAAAGAAACUUAUUGAACUAAUGACAAAACAUCCUGAACUAAUUUCGUGUAAAGUGACGCAGGACUUUAACUAUGAAGAUUCACACAAAUUGUGGCAAAACAUUGCAAAUGAAUGCAAUGCCAUACCAGGCGCAAGGAAAACUUGGCGGCAAUGGAGAAAAACCUGGCAUGAUAUACGAUCAAAAACAAAGAAAAAACAAGCUGAAACUAAUGGAGAAUUGCCAAUAUCGACAGUUAUAUUAACUCCCACUGAGCAAGAAGCUUUAGAUAUCAAAAAUACAUCAUCUACAGAAGAUUACCAUGGGACUCCAGAAUUUGUGCCUAUGGGUGAUAGUCAACAUGACAUCUUUAAUGAUGAUAUAUCUGUUCCUUUUAUCAGUGAACCAGAGUCUCCUCCCGAAGCAAAAGUUUUUAAUACACUUGAACACAAGUCUUCUAAGUUAAAAUUAAGUAGCUCUAAACAUAAUUCAAAAAAUUCUGAGUCUUGUUAUUUUAAUUGUGAUAUAUUAGCAGUUCAGGAACAGAGAAAAAUACAGAUUAAGGAAGAAUACUUAAACUUUAAAAAAGAUUAUUUGAGACAAAAGCUGCAAUUGUUAAAAGAACAGACAGAGGCAUUAAAGAGUAUAGCCAAAGAGCUAUCAAAG